AGUUAGCGAGGGUUAGGUCAUGUGGUCUUUUUAGAGUAUGGGACUUGUUUGCAGGUUUUAUCCUAUGGGAUUCUUCUCUUGUUCACCAUUCUUCAGCUUUUAUCUCAAUUUCUACUGAGGAUUUUUACUCUUUUUUGGAUUUUACAAUCAUGAGUUUGCCUGGUCACCUUACAGGCGUAUCUACGAUGCGAGCUAGUCAAGAUGUAUACGUGGCUGACCUGGCCCACCAAGUCAACGAUACACUACAGUGCCAUUGUGAUGAUUACAGCUGUGAAGGAACCAAUCGCUGUGAAGCACUUCGGAAAUGUUUCUCAUCAAUUACAUCCGUAGAUGGGAUCAUCAUGAGGAGAAUGGGAUGUGUGAACACAGAAGAACAGUACAACAUGUUUUGUAAGAUGCAUCCCUAUCCAGACAUCUCUGUGUUGUGUUGUAAUCAUUCCUUCUGUAAUCUUGAUCUACAGCCAACGUUCUUACCAACCACCACACCACGCAUCACAGAAGAGAUUGGUCAAAAGGUGCCAUACAACGUGACUUUCACAGUCUUAGGUGUAGUCUGUCCAUUGAUUGCCUGUCUUAUUGCUUUGAUGAUUGCUGCAUACUGCUUCAGACGUCGUCAUCAACAGCGUAUGGAUGAACUCAAUCACCAGGAAGCUCAGUAUAGACAGGCUCAUGAUAUCAGAGCUGUACCUGCAGGAGAUAGUACCUUGAAGGACCUAUUUGAUCAUUCUAAUACAUCUGGUAGCGGAUCUGGUCUUCCAUAUCUAGUACAGAGGACAGUAGCAAGACAGAUCAACCUCGUUCAACAAGUCGGCAAGGGUAGAUAUGGUGAGGUAUGGAUGGGGACAUGGCAGGGUGACACCGUAGCAGUCAAGAUCUUCAGUUCCAUUGAUGAGAAAUCAUGGUUCCGUGAGACGGAGAUCUACAACACAGUCAUGUUACGUCAUGAAAACAUCCUAGCCUUCUUUGCAUCAGAUAUGACAUCCCGUCAUUCCUGCACUCAGCUAUGGCUGAUCAUGGAGUACCAUGAACGGGGCUCCCUCUACGACUACCUCAACCGUCAUGUGCUCGAUGCCAGGCAGAUGUGCCGUCUUGCGUUGACGGCCUGCAGCGGUCUCGUCCAUCUUCAUACCGAGAUCACCUGCAACAAUAGCAAGCCUGCCAUUGCUCAUAGAGACAUCAAAACUAAGAAUAUCCUUGUCAAGAGGAACUUAACUUGUUGCAUCGCCGAUCUUGGAUUGGCGGUCCUGCACACGCAAAGAGAUGAUAAUAUUGAUAUGGGAACAAACACUAGGGUUGGAACAAAGAGAUAUAUGGCGCCAGAGUUACUGGAGGAAACCAUGGAUGUUAGGUGCUUUGAAUCAUUCAAGAGGGUUGAUGUAUAUGCCUUUGGCUUGGUGAUGUGGGAGAUUGCUAGGAGAUGCGAGGUUGGAGGUAUGGUAGCAGAUUACAAGCCUCCAUUCUUUGAGUAUGUACCCAGUGAUCCUAGCUUUGAUGAUAUGAGGAAAGUGGCCUGUAUUGAGAAACUCAGACCAAAUAUACCAAACAGAUGGACCAACAAUACAGUGCUUACAUCAAUGGCUAAAUUAAUGAAGGAAUGUUGGUGUCCCACGGCUUCAGCGCGACAUACGUCACUUAGAGUCAAGAAGACCCUCAUGAAGAUCUCAGAAACAUGUCCAAAACUACCCGAUCCAUAUCACUGGGAUAAAAUCAUUGCUUAAAUCAUCAAAUGCUCUUGAGAACUCUUCACAGUCUUUUUGCUGGAAUGAAUAGAGCUUAUGGAUUUUUUAGAUAUCAUGAUAUAGAUCUGUAUGGAAAUCUUGGGAACCAGUCCCUGGUCUGUUAUCACUUGGAUGUAAUCAUCACCGAAGCCAUCAUUCAAACAUUGUCAGAUUCUUAAGCAAUGUCAUGUUGAAUUGGAGAGCUUGUGGGCUUUCCACAGACAAUUAUGGUCAAGAAGAUCCCACAAAAGUGUCUUAUCACAUCAAAACCUUUUUGUAACCCUUGAUCAGCAGAAAGAGAAGCAAGGUUUCUCCCCCCCCCAAAAAAAAAGGCUGAAACAGAAAAAAUAUGAAGUUUACCCUUUGGGUUGAAGAGUUUAACUUGUGCUUUUUGUGAGUUUCAGCAUCCGUAUGAAAUGAAGCACAUAUUCUGUCUGGCAGAUCUAGUGCUGUCAGUUGAAAUGAAAGAUUUGUUUUUUAAGCUGGAACAAUUAUUAGGGGCGCAAGCUUGGUUAUCUCUUGUCUUCAUUGCACUCUUCUCCCUAAUCUGGCCUUUUAAAACAAGUUACAAAAAUCCUGCUGUUUGAUUGGCUGAGAGCAAAAGUAUCAUAGAAUUCUGAUGUUUGUUCCCAAGAAUAAGUCCUGUGAAACAAGGCCACGUCAGAGUUGGCACCGGAUACUUUCUUGCACAUGUACCUUGUGAAUUCUGAACAUCCAAUCUUUAAUACUGACAUUUUUUUGUUCCAUGUAGUGGUGUGUUCCUUAUAGAUCAGAAUGAAUAAUACUAAUAAAUAAUUGAAAUGAAUUUCAUCUUUGAUGAUUUUCUUUUGUUCUGAGUAAAUCCCCUUUACCUGAAACCCAAUGUAAAUGCUUUUACUCGGCUGUCAUCCUGAAAUGUGCACAAGAAGAUAUGAAGAUAGCAGCUAUAUCAGGCAUAGUUUACUAUUUUUGGAUGGGGAAAAAUAAGUGUGGCAGGGAUAACAAUAUUGAGAAAAUAAAAGUAAAGAAGGGAGAUAAGUUUUACAAAAGUAUUAACAUGCAAAUGCCCCAAGUAUAAAUGAUGGAAAGGAUGUAAAAAUGAAUACAUAUUAUAUUUGCCUAUUAAAGCUCACAUGAGCAGAGGCGCAAGUGUUCACCUUGUAUUACAAAGUUUAUUAUGAUCAGAGCUAAACCUCUGAUAUGUAUCACAUGUGGAAUAUCUCUUGAAAUUUGAUGUCGGUGUUUUAUAUAGAGUCUUGUACAUGUAUAUAGAAUAAUCUUUGUAUAUAGACCAAAGGAAUUGAAUAUUACAAAUGGUAUUCUAUGGUGUUAUAUGAAAGCAUCAUGCAUUAAUGUUCAUUAUUCAUCAGGAGUUUUUAUUUUAUUUUAUCAAUCUGUCAGUGAAUGGAAUUAUUUGAAUUUUUAAAAUGUGAUUUUACCAUUACCAAAUGUGAUGCACAAAUGUUGAUAUACAUGUAUGUUGAAGCAGUUUAGUUCUGGAUGAAUCAUGUCUUCUUUUUCAGACAUUUAAUUUUUAUUUUGGUGAUUUUCUGAAAUGUUACUCUAUUAUUUUGGUACCACAUCAAUAUGAAUUGGUGUGAUUUCCAAAUACUUUCAAAUAUGCUGAUUAAGACAAUAUCUGUCUGAUUGCUAUUGCACUCUCCUCAAUAUCGUAGUAGAAUUACUGAAGAGAAAAUAUUUCAUUUGAAAUGAUGGCCCUGAAAUAGAUAUGACAAUAUCAUCAGGGUAAGUACAAAAAUAGAAGAAAAGUAUGAAUUUCAAUCUUUUCGUUUCUGAUGUUAGAUAUCAUUGUAGGGGACCCUUAUCAUGUUAGAUAUCAUUCCUGUGUAAUCAGAAUUAAUCUUUUAUUUGUGCCUUUCUUUUUAUACAUGUAUAAUUUCAUCAAAUUGCAUGUAUUUCUGUUAUGUUUUCUUGCUGACAUCACUUUUUGUAUCUGUUAUUGUUACUUGCCUUUAAUGUCUUUAUCGUUUCAAAGUAAGUCAUAAACAGUUUUUAUGUCUUAGGUAAGGAUGGAAUUGAUCAAAUGAAAGUGAAGGCUUGUCUUUUUCAUCUUUAGUAUGAAGUUUGAGGUUCGCUUUUAGCUCCCUGAUCUCUGACUUUAUACCACUUACCUACCUGAACUAAAUAAAAACUUUCCUAUGGACUUUCUUACAUAUGUCAUAAGUGUUUCAGAAAGCUUUGUAUAAAAUUCCCCCUCCCCCCAAAAAAAAAUCUUAUGCACAACUGGAAAGCCAAAAUAGAUUUCAAAAUCCUGACCACAUUAGAUUGAAAUUAGGAAAUGAUUGUUUCCAUUAACAUUAUUGCUGUAGAUGUACUUUUCAUCACAAAGUAUAUGAUUUUUUUCCCACAAUUUGAAUCAAAUCAUUUGAAAUCUUACAUAUUAUCACCCAACAAAUAGAAAAAUGCAUAUAUAUAUACAUACUUCAUAUUAAAGCAAGGUAUGUGCUUCAGGAGAACUAUUUAACAUUAAUUUGUCUCUGUAUUGUGCCUUGACUCUCAUUAUUUUCUUAAAACUUCUUUCUCUCAUGCUCCUAUCUCUCUUGACCCCAAAUAGUUUUAGUAUAAAUACUCUCUAAUGCUGCAUAUUAGUUUUGAGACUCCGCCCCCAAAAACUAACACUCAGUUUUUACUCGUGGUUGUCCUAUUGUAUUUUAAUGACAACCCUCUAUUGUCUAUCAUCUGUUCUGUAUUCUAAACGUGGCUUGAUUGCUCACUAAUAAUUGACCGAGGUCACUUUCUUUGGGAGCCCACUGUAAGGCCAGAAAGAAGUCCAAACUGAUUAACCGCAUGGUU